AUGCCUAUCUAUAGAUAUUCCAUUCUCAAUAAAAGUUAUUUAACUAAAUAUGGUAAUCAUAAUAUUAUUGCUCAACGGGCUAUUGCUACAAGUAUUUUAAAACAUGCAUUAAAAUUAAGAUAUUGGAUGUUUGGAGGUGCCCUGAGUGGAGGUGUUGCCACUGCCAAUUGGUAUGAUGAAUGGAAAAAAAAUUUACCUGAUAUUCCACCUUGGUUGAAAAUUGAUGGAUCACUUACCAAAAAAUUUAAUACGAAACUUGAGGCAGCUUUUGAAAAUUGGAAUAACUUUACAUUUACUCAAACUAUACCAAGUUUAAAUAAAAAAAUAAUAGAUUUUGAACAUAAUAAAUCUAAUGAAAAUAAAGAGCAAAGUAAAUCUAAUGAAAAUGGAGAACAAAAUAAUAGUAAUAAAGAUAAAGUAAAUGGGGGUUUACUGGCGGCAUUUGGAGGUUUUGCAUUUGGAAGGAAGAAAGAUGAAGAGACUGAACAGGUGUUGUCACAAGAAGAAAGGGUUAAAAAAUUACAAGAGGAAUUACUUAAAGUACAAUCUCAAUACCAAAAAGAAUUAGAGAGAUUGGAGAAAGAAAAUACUAAUUUGAAGCAAAAACUUUUAUUAACUGAUCAAACAUCAUUAAAGCACAUGAAAAAUAUUAAACGUAGUUUGAUAGAUUUAUAUUCAGAAGUUCUUGAUAUACUAACUGAAUAUGAUACUUCAUACAACACUGCUGAUAAUCUACCACGAGUUGUUGUUGUUGGAGAUCAAAGUGCUGGUAAAACCUCUGUUCUUGAAAUGGUCGCACAGGCAAGAAUUUUUCCACGUGGUUCAGGGGAGAUGAUGACACGUUCACCUGUAAAAGUAACAUUAUCUGAAGGACCUUACCAUGUAGCACAAUUUAAAGAUUCUACUAGAGAAUUUGAUCUUACAAAUGAAAAAGAUUUAGAAGCUUUAAGAAAUGAAAUUGAGGUUAGAAUGAGAAAUUCAGUUGCUGAUGGAAAGACUGUCUCUCAAGAUGUUAUCAGCCUUACAGUUAAAGGACCAAAUUUAAGUAGGAUUGUGUUAAUUGAUUUACCAGGAGUCAUUUCAACAGUUACAGCUGACAUGGCACGUGAUACAAAAGAUGAUAUUAUAAAAAUGGCAAAACAAUAUAUGGAAAAUCCAAAUGCAAUAAUAUUAUGCAUUCAAGAUGGUUCAAUUGAUGCUGAAAGGAGCAAUGUCACAGAUCUUGUUAGUUCAAUAGAUCCUUACGGAAGACGUACAAUUUUUGUUUUAACAAAAAUUGAUUUAGCUGAAGCAAGUCUUCAAAAUCUCAAUAGAAUCAAACGUAUUUUAGAAGGAACAUUAUUCCCAAUGAAAGCAUUAGGAUAUUUUGGUGUUGUUACUGGACGUGGAAAUAAAGCCGAUAGUAUUGAAAAUAUUAAAGAAUAUGAGGAGCAAUUUUUUGAAAAAUCAAGAUUACUUAAAGAAGGACUUCUUACUCCAAGUCAAUUAUCUACAAAAAAUAUGACUCUUGCUGUAUCUGAUAGAUUCUGGAAAAUGGUAAAAGAUUCAAUAGAAACUCAAGCUGAUGCAUUUAGGGCUGCACGUUUUAAUCUUGAGGCAGAAUGGCGUAAUAAUUUUCCAAGAAUUAGAGAACUAAGUCGAGAUGAGUUGUUUGACAAAGCACGAGGAGAAAUUCUUGAUGAAAUUGUAAGUUUAUCACUUGUCAAACCUGAUACAUGGGAAAAAGAAGUACAAGAUAAAUUAUGGCAUUUGAUUUCUUUCAAUAUAUUUGAUCAAGUACUAAUGCCGGCGCUUUCUGUUGACAAUGCUGGAACUUUUAAUACUCAACUUGAUAUAAAAUUACGACAUUUUGCAGAGAAAGAACUUGCUUAUAAAAGUGUUACAAGUGGAUAUGAAACAUUAGCAUCUGUAUUUACAAAUCUAGUCCGAAAUAGUAAUAAUCAAAAACAUGAAAAAGAUGGAAUAUUUGAUAACUUGAAAGAAGCAGUUCUUGAAACAUCUCUAAAAGAUCAUAGAUGGGAUAAGAAAGCUGUAGAUUAUUUAAAAGUUAUCCAAUUUCAGGCUUUAGAUGAUAGAGCUAUUAAUGAUCGUGCUACAUGGGAAAAAGCAUGCAAAUUUAUGAAUGAGAAGGUUUCUGAGAGACUAAAUGAAGUUAGAAAACUUAUUGAUGAAGCUAGAGGGCCCAGUUUAAUAAGUUCAUGGACUCAUUGGACAACACCAACUGAUGAGCAAGUAUUGAAUGGUUGUAUUCAAAAUGACUUGAGAAACAUUAUAAAUAAUGAUCCUGAUCACAAAAGUGGUUUAUCUGAUGAUGACAUGACUGUUGUUAAAAGAGGUCUUGAAGCACGUGGAUUUUUCGAUUUACCAAGUGAUGUAAUAAGAAGGCAAUGGAGAUUAAUUUAUAAAGAACAUUUCCUUUCUCAACUUUUACGUGUUUCUGCAGAAUGGAAGAAUUAUUAUCAAAAUUACAAGCAAGGAUUUAAUGAUGGAGAUAUUGAAACACAUGUUAUAAUUUUCUUCCAUCGUAUCUCAAAAAUGCUUGAGCUUUCAUCGACUGCUUUACGACAACAAAUAAUGUCAACAGAACAAAGAAAUUUAGAAAAAGAAAUUAAAACACUUCUUGAUGCAUGGUCACAAGAAAAUGAAAUUAAAAAGAGAUAUCUAACUGGACGUCGCGUAGAAUUGGCUGAAGAGCUACGACAAGUUCGUCACAUUCAAGAAAAAUUAGAAAACUUCAUUCUUCAGUUGCGUGAAGAGAAAGCAUAA